GAAAUACCCUCCCUAGUUUCACAGUUGUGGGCGUCUGCACGUGAGACUUGAAAGGUUGAGAAACUAGUGCUGGUAACACUUGUCGAAAGAAGAAUGUCUGAAGAAACAAUACCCGAUUACAGAUAUGUUUUUCAAAAAGAUCUUUUGAGAGGAAAGGUGGCAUUUAUAACUGGAGGUGGAACUGGAAUAGGAUUCACAAUAACAGAAAUAUUGAUGAGACAUGGAUGUGACACAAUCAUAGCCAGUCGCAGACUUGACGUUGUACGAAGUGCAGCUGAGAAAUUGUCGAAAGCAACAGGUCAACGAUGUCUUCCACUACAAAUGGAUGUCAGAAAGCCAGAAGCUAUAACUAAGGCAGUAGAUGAGGCCCUUGGUCAGUUCAAGCAGAUUGACAUACUGGUGAACAAUGCAGCAGGAAACUUUCUGUGCCCAGCAGAGAACCUCUCCUUCAAUGCCUUCAGGACAGUGAUGGAGAUUGAUGCCCACGGUACUUUCAAUGUCUCCAAGGCUGUUUUUGAAAAGUACAUGAAGAAUAAUGGUGGAGUUAUCAUUAAUAUCACCGCUACUCUUAGCUUUCGUGGAAGAGUUUUACAGACACACGCUGGAUCUGCUAAAGCUGCCAUAGAGGCUAUGACCAAACACUUGGCUGUAGAAUGGGGACCCAAUGGAAUACGAAUGAUGUGUGUUGCUCCGGGGCCAAUAGCAGACACCGAGGGAAUGAGAAGACUAGGUGGUGAACACAUAGAUGAUGCCAUGGUGAAGGCGAUACCAGUCCAGAGACUCGGAAAACGAGAAGACAUUGGAAACACUGUAUUGUUUAUUACAAGCCGUGCUGGAGAGCUGCUGACCGGCACGACAGUCAUAGCUGAUGGAGGAGCAUGGCUGACCAGUGAAAAUAACUUCUGGAAGAUUAAAAACAGUCCAAUGUUCAAACAAAUGUCUAAAAUGUAACAGCAGCCCAGUCUGCAAACAGAUAAACCACAUGUUUAUUUAUAAUGUGAUAAGACGUUUGUUCCCUUACAGGAAUCUUAUUUUGUCUGGAUUAGUUUUAAACGGUCUGGAUUAGUUAUAUGAAACGGUCUGGAUUAUUUUUAAAUGGUCUAGAUUAUUUUUAAAUGGUCUGGAUUAUUUUUAAACUUGCAUGAAUAGAUCUUGGCGAGUUAUUGACUACGAGUAAAACUGGAAUUGUCAAUGUCAGUUCUCGUCAUUAAUUUGUAAAUCAGGUACAUUGUGAAUUAUGUGGUUUACACAUGAAAAGUGCAGAUUUUUAUUACACUGUAUUUAACCAAGAAUAUAUAUAUCAACAUAA